AUGGAUGCCAUUGACGAGUCGCAAGGCUUUUUUCUCGACCCUCCACCCGAACCCGCCCCUGGCGCGCCCAUCCUUUCCGACAAUGACUCGAAAAUCAUAUCCUCUUUCUUCGACGACAUGACUGCCGACCACUACAACGUCCCUUCCUUCGGCGAGGGUCUCAAUUACAGCGACGCCUGGCUAUCUCUGCCGCCCCAGUUCAUGGGCACUGCGACCUCGCUGGGCCAGGCGCCAUUCGGUGCGCCGCUGCACUCUCCAGGCCAUGAACUGCACCACCAAGACUUUUCCGACCUCAUGCCGUUAGGCUCCGCGAUGAUGCCGCCACCGCCGCCGCCCCCUCAACAGCACAUGAUGUCGCAUCCCCGCCCCUCGGUCGAGCAACAGCCAUCACCCGAUGUCCUGGCGGCCGCCACGUUGUUGCAAAACGGUUCAUCCUCACGACACCACUAUCAUAACACCGGCGGCUCCAUGUUCUCGCCGCCACAUAGAGGUGUCCCCUCGCCACUUGGCCAGCAGCUGGGCCACCAUCUGCGACAUCAGCCGCUCGAGGAGUUCAAGCGCGCCGAACGCACCAACGGCUUCGCAGAGAGUAGCAUGGAGGAACAGCAUUUGGGCAUGUUUACCGACCUCGUAUUUGGCCCUUCACCUGCCGCUCCCAGCCGGCCGGCCCCGCCACCUCCUAGGCAGAACCAUGUGCCGAUGGAAAUGCAAUGGGGAUCGGACGCGCGCUUCAGCAGCCUUGCGGCACAUGGAGUGCCUCGAGCCCAGCCGCAGCGCAUCGAACACUCGUCCCUCGUCUCCGCUGUUUAA